GCAGCGCCGGCUUUUGCAGCAUCUCUGCUCCUCUCUCAGCCAUCGCCACCCCGCGGCUCCGGGCUCGAGAAGCCAGGCGUGCAGACCAGGAGCUGGGCCGCCCUUCCCUCGUACAAGGGCUGCCAAACCCCAGCCCCAGCAGCGCAGGCAGCACAGGGCUCUCAGCCGCACCCGGGGGCCGCUGCGUCCUGUACCCUCGUGGAGCAUCCUUGCCAAACCCACCUCCUCUUUCGGCCCCUGCUGCGUCCCCUUGGUCCUACCCGCUGACCCUGUUUGCCGCUUAGCAUCAGGCGCCUCCUUCCUCGCGCUGUCCAGUCCCUGCGCCCUUCCCCUCCGCGCGCCCCCAGCUACCAUGAGCUCGCCUCUGAGCAAGAGCCGCUUGCUGGCAGCCUUCCUGCAGCAGCUGCGUGGCCUUGAGCAGCCCCUGAGACCUGUGACAUCCAGGACGCAGGUGCCACCUCCGCUGCGGGAGGUGCCCCCCUGCCCGUUCAUGGCACCUGGAGAGACGCACGAUGCGGCGGUCCUGCCCGGCCCCACCAACUGGCCACUGCUGGGCAGUCUGCUGCAGAUUCUCUGGAAAGGAGGCCUGAAGAAGCAGCACGACAUUCUGGUGGAGUACCACAAGAAGUACGGCGAGAUAUUCCGGAUGAAACUGGGUUCCUUCGACUCGGUGCACCUCGGCUCGCCGAGCCUGCUGGAAGGGCUGUACCGCACCGAGAGCGCUUAUCCGCAGCGGCUGGAGAUCAAGCCGUGGAAAGCCUACCGCGACUACCGCGGGGAGGGCUACGGGCUGAUGAUCCUGGAAGGAGAAGACUGGCAGAGGGUCCGGAGCGUUUUUCAAAAGAAAUUAAUGAAACCAGUGGAAAUUAUGAAGCUGGACAGCAAAAUCAAUGAGGUCUUGGCUGACUUUAUGGAUAGAAUAGAUGAGCUCCGGGAUGGAAGAGGCCACAUUGAAGGCUUGUACAGCGAACUGAACAAAUGGUCUUUUGAAAGUAUCUGCCUCAUACUGUACGAGAAGAGAUUCGGGCUCCUUCAGAAGAAUGUGAGCGAGGAAUCCCUGAACUUCAUCACAGCCAUCAAAACAAUGAUGGGUACCUUUGGGAAGAUGAUGGUCACCCCGGUCGAGCUGCACAAGAGCCUCAACACCAGAGUCUGGCAGGCGCACACCCUGGCCUGGGACACCAUCUUCAACUCAGUCAAGUCUUGCGUUAAUAGCCGAUUAGAGAAAUAUUCUCAGCAGCCUGGCAUGGAUUUCCUUGGAGAUAUUUAUGACCACAAUCAGCUUUCCAAGAAAGAAUUGUACGCUGCCAUCACGGAGAUCCAGCUGGGUGCCAUAGAAACUACAGCCAACAGCUUAAUGUGGAUUCUCUACAAUUUAUCCCGAAAUCCCCAAGUGCAACAAAAACUUCUUGAGGAAAUUCAGAGUGUACUGCCUGAGAAUCAGAUGCCACAGGCGGAGGACUUGAAGAAAAUGCCGUAUUUAAAGGCUUGCCUGAAGGAGUCCAUGAGGCUCACCCCAAGUGUGCCAUUUACAACUCGGACUCUUGAUAAGGCAACAGUUCUGGGUGAAUAUGCCUUACCAAAGGGGACAGUGUUGAUGCUAAAUACUUACGUACUGGGGUCUGACGAAGACAAUUUUGAAGACUCUGGUCAGUUUAGACCUGAACGUUGGCUUCAAACGAAGAAAAAGAUAAACCCCUUUGCUCACCUUCCAUUUGGCAUUGGGAAAAGAAUGUGUAUCGGUCGGCGCUUAGCCGAGCUCCAGCUGCACUUGGCCGUUUGCUGGGUUGUCCGCAGAUACAACAUCGUGGCCACAGACAACCAGCCGGUUGAGAUGCUGCACCUGGGUAUCCUGGUGCCCAGCCGGGAGCUGCCCAUAGCCUUUCACCGGAGAUGAGGUCCUCAGACUUUUUUUCCCAAAAUCAAGAGCAGUGAUCUUUAACUUCCUACCAGAGGCUGUGGCUUCUGCAUUGUUGGAAAGCAAACUACAGCAUGCAACACACAGAAAGAGCACUCAGGGUAAAGGUCACCGAACGUUCCUGCACCUGCCUUCCGACCUCACUGUGAUAUCUGUAACUCAGAAGCAUGUUUACAUUUCACAGCAAAAGUCCUGAUACAGAUAAAAAUGACGAUCUGUUUACUUUACUCUGUUUACUGGGACAUUAGGGGAAAUAACCUGCCUAAUAAUAGAAUCAAGGCUAAAUGUUGGUUAAGGUCCUCAGGUCCUCAUAGAACUAUUUUUCAUGCGUUUCAGUGGAGAUAUUAUUGAGACAUUGGGAAAGAGCUCUAUUUUAAGAAGUAAUUUAAUGAAGUCAGAAGUUCCCCUGUAAGAAUAGCUUAAUGAUUUGACUCAAGUUGAUCAAAGUACCCAGAAAUUUUUUCCCAUUACUGUUUCCUCUGUGGUAUUAGAAUGUGAAUGGGUGAGGCUGUGUACACAGGCACAUGUGUGUGUGCGUGCAUGUGUGUUUGUGUGUGUGUGUGUGUCCCAAUGGUAAUUUGUGACUGUCACUUUUUAUAUAAACUUAGGAUCUCUGGUGCUGGGAAAUGUUCUGAUAUUGUCACAAUUUAAAAAUAUUUAUAGUGAUUUUAAGAAAACUAUUUUCUGUUUCCUAACUUUCCCAUCCAUUAUAUGGAGAACAGAAAAUUACAUAUUUGUUAAUGACUGCAUAACAUUUGUUAUGUCAUAUAAAAUCUAAGAAAAUGUGGUUUCAUAAAUGCAAGAUGCAUAGAGACUUAGGCAACACUAAAAUUGUUUACAUGUGGCUUUUUUGCAUAUUUUUAUUACUGCUUUUCCUUAAACAUACUGUAUAUUUCUGUAUUUUUACAAUAUUCCCAUCUUUAGGCUAUAUUUUUAGACUAUUUUGGAAUUGCCCAUCUGCAUUUUUAUAUUUGAAGGAACAUAUAAAUUUAUUAAAAUAAGAAUAUGCUUUCUCUCUGCUAUGAAAUUAUAUUUAGAAUUUUAAAUCCAAAUGUUGCAGAUUUUGUUGG